AUGUCCCGGCGUGUGUUUACUUCCGCUGUGCUGCUCCUCCUCUUCGUUAUGAUGUGCUGCGGCCCCUGUGAUGCCGCAGACGUUGUGAAGAGUAAUUCGGGAUAUGCGCAAUUGCCUCAUACGGUCGAUCUAUUUGUGCCGCGGACGACGCAGGUGCUGCCGAAAGAGGAGACUGGCUCAAUUCGGAGGGAUUCAUUUGUUUCACCCUCUCUCGUCAGUGCUGGUGGAGUAAUUGCUGCUUUUGCCGAGGGUCGCGUGUAUCGCGAACAUCCCGUUGAACGUAAUAAAAUUAUUGAGCCCAUUUCUUCUGAUGUUGUUGCGGAGUACAUCGACUCCUCGUGGAAUUGGUCCACUCUUGUUGGCAAGGUGAGUGAAAGUACAUGGAAGACAAACACUGUGCUUGGUACAACAAAUGGAACGGAUGAUCGUGUGGAGAUUUUUUACCACCCCACAACCACCACGAAGGGCAAUAAGGUGUUUCUUCUUGCGGGAAGCCUUGGUGGGCUCAAGGAAAGUGAUGGGAGGAGGAAAUGGGACAACCUGGGUCUGAAACUGGUUGUGGGUGAUGUCACGAGGCCUACGAGCAGCGAGCCGACUGGAAGUAUCAAAUGGGACCAAAUCAGGUCUCUGUUGAACGAGAGUACUAUAGCUGCUCACGAAGGUAAAUUGAAAAAGUUUAUUGCCGCUGGUGGCUCAGGUGUUCUGAUGGAGGAUGGCAUCGUUGUGUUUCCACUGAUGGCGGAGAGCGGAAAUGGUGACUUUUGCUCCAUGAUCAUUUACUCGGCGGACAACGGCAGUACCUGGUCGCUUUCGAAGGGUGUUUCCCCUGCGAAAUGCCACAACCCCCGCAUCACCGAGUGGGAGGGAUCACUUCUCAUGAUUGUUGACUGCGAGGAUGAACAGAGGGUGUACGAGUCGCGUGACAUGGGGACAACGUGGACGGAGGCUGUCGGGACACUCCCAGGCGUGUGGGUCAAAUCAAGAUCAUUCUUUUGGGAUCUGAGCUUGCACGUGGAAGCCCUCAUCACCGCGACCAUUGAGGGCAGGAAGGUCAUGCUGUACAUUCAGAGAGGGAACUUCUCGGGGAAGAAUAAGGCCAAUCCGCUCUACCUUUGGGUCACGGACAACAACCGCUCGUUUUAUUUUGGACCGCUUGCCGUGGAGGAGGCUGCUGUGAGGUGGGAGUUCGCCAGCGGCCUGCUGUACUCGGAUGGCAAUUUGCAUCUUUUACAACAGAGGGGCAGUAGUGAACACAGUGUCAUUUCACUUUCCCACUUGGCGGAGGAACUGAGUACAAUCAAGUCUGUUCUGAAGACCUGGGCGCAAAAUGACGCCUUUUUCUCCAACUUGUCUAUACCCACGGCGGGUCUGGUGGCGGUAUUGUCCAACGCAUCGGCCAACAACGGCACGUGGAACGACGAUUACCUUUGCCUGAAUGCGACGGUGACGAACGCCACGAAGGUCGAGGAUGGAUUGAAAUUGACGGAGCCUGACUCCGGGGUAAUUUGGCCCGUGAGCAUUCCGGAUGAUAAUGUGCGUCAUGUAUCCUUGAACCGCAACUUCACACUUGUGGCGUCGGUGACCAUCGAAAAGACUCCGAGUGAGGACGCUCCUCUACUGGGUGCGAUUUUGGGGGACACUAAUUCCUCGCAUACCAUGGGAAUCUUGUACACCGCGGAUAGAAAGUGGAUGACGAUGUUCAAAUACGAAAAGACAACAAAAAGUGACGCUUGGGAGUCGGGGAAAGAAUACCAAGUGGCACUCAUGCUGCAAGGCAACAAGAGCUCUGUGUACAUUGAUGGCAAGUCGCUGGGGGAAGAGGAGACGAUGGUAACAGGUGAGACGCCACUUGAGCUCGCAGGCUUUUGCUUUGGCGCGUGCGGUAUGAAAAACUCUCCUGUGACUGUGAAGAACGUCUUUCUGUACAACCGCCCACUGAAUCCCACUGAGAUGACUGCAAUCAAGGACAGGAAACCCGUUCCAAAGAGAGCUCCGGAACCACAAGCGAGAGGUGUUUCUCAAACCAUCGCAUCUGCUGUGUCUGCUGUGUCUGGCCCAGAGAAAAAUGCAGCAGCUUCAACGGUGCCAAUGACAUUGAACCCCCAUGCAGUUGAAGAAGUGAGUGAGGGUGGAGCGGCAAGGAGGAAUACCUCUCGGACUGAGGAUGUGCAAUUUGUUGUGCCAGAGGUGAGCUUGAAUUCUGCUGGGAGCGGACUGCUGCCUCUUUUUCUGCUGUUGGGGCUCUGGGGGUUUGCGGCUCUGUGA